AUGGACUUCAUCCAUCUCUCCCCAUUACUUGCUCAUUCAUCACCAUGUCUUCUUCUUCAACCUCUUCCUCUGCUCUCCUUCUCCUCUCCUUCUCUCUCCUCCUCCAAAUCGCCAUUGGAGCCUCCCCCCUCUUCCACAUCUGCUCCACCUCUGAAACUUUCACUGCAGCCAGCACUUAUGCCUCAAACCUGAACAAACUCAUUGGCUCCCUCACCUUCAGAGCUCCAUUUACUGGGUUCGGAGCCGCCUCUGUCGGGUUCAAGCACGACCGAGCCAACGGUAUCGCUCUCUGUCGAGGUGACGCCAAUGCCACCACUUGCAAAACCUGCGUCGCCGAGGCAGGCGGCGAGAUUCGCCAGCGCUGCGCGCAGCAAAAACAGGCGAUCAUAUGGUACGACAACUGUCUCUUGAAGUACUCGAACACAGAUUUCUUCAGAAAGAUUGACGAGCAAAACAAGUUCUACAUGUGGAACUUGAGAAAUGUGAGCCAUCCAGCUUCGUUUAAUCGGAAGGUUAAAGAUCUGCUGGUUGAACUAGCGGAGAAAGCUCAUGUUGAGCGGAGAAUGUACGCUGCCGGGGAUUCACAGCUCGGCGGGUCAAAGAAGCUGUACGGACUGGUUCAGUGCACUAGAGACCUUUCCUCCAUUGAUUGCAAGAAGUGUCUGGAUGGCGCCAUUGAUGAGCUUCCCAGCUGCUGCAACGGGAAAGAAGGAGGGAGAGUUGUUGGUGGAAGCUGCAACAUCCGCUAUGAGAUUUAUCCGUUCGUCUCUAGUGCUUAGAAUAAUCAUAAGUAAUUAAGUUCUUCUUAUAUGGGGAUCAUAUAUAGUUAGUAGUAGUAAAGAUUAUGCAUAAAUAAGUGUUGGAUAUGAGCCACGUGGAAAUGGAUCCACUAAUCUGUUACUUUGUCCAAGAAAAAGUAUUUAUAUAUAGUUUGUAUGGUCCAAUUAGUAAUAUCAAAAUUUCUACAAGAAAUUGGUAUGUA